AAGCCAGUCCCCCUUCUGGAAAACAAUAUCGGUGUUCUUACCUCGAGCCUUUCCGACAAACCUCAUCGGACAGCCGUCCUCCCGUCGCGUCCUCAACUCGCCGAGCAUUUUUAAUCCGCCGAUGGUCCCUUUUGCCCCUCCAACGCCGUGAUAUUUCCCGAUCUCUCCUAACCCCGCCUCCAUGGCCGCCCUCUCCAUCCCCACUUCCUCAUCCUCCUCCCCCGUACCCCCCCUUUCCUGGCCAAACACUAACCUUGACCCCGACCCAAACCCUAAUUCCCCGUUCCUCCCUUCUCCCCACCACAACGACGAACCCGGAUCCCAAUCCCUAUCCCCCGACCCCUCCUCUUCCUCCGCCGCCGAUCCGCUGGAGGGCGACGAUGCCCCCGACUCCCCCUCCCUCGAAAACCCCAAUCUCAGCCUCCAUUCGAUCGCCGUCACGCCGCCGCUGAUGGCAGCGGAGCCAUCCUCGUGCUCCUCCUCGCCGCCAUCCGCCGCGUCGAUGCCGUCGCUGCUGCACCUGUCGUUCAACCAGGACCAUGGGUGCUUUGCCGCCGGCACCGACCGGGGCUUCCGCAUCUAUAAUUGCGACCCCUUCCGGGAGAUCUUCCGGCGCGACUUCGACGACGGGGGGAUCGGUGUCGUGGAGAUGCUGUUCCGGUGCAACAUCCUGGCCCUCGUCGGCGGGGGGCCGCAGCCCUACUACGCGCCCAACAAGGUCAUGAUUUGGGAUGACCACCAGAGCCGCUGCAUCGGGGAGCUCUCCUUCCGGUCGGAGGUCCGGGCCGUACGGCUCCGGCGAGACCGGAUCAUCGUGGUGCUGGACCACAAGAUCUUUGUGUACAAUUUCGCCGAUUUGAAGCUCGUGCACCAGAUUGAGACGGUGCCGAACCCCAAGGGGCUCUGCGCCGUCUCCCAGCAGCAGGGGUCGCUGGUCCUGGUCUGCCCUGGGGGGCAGAAGGGCCAGGUCAGGGUGGAGCAUUACGGGGCUCGCCGGACCAAGUUUAUCAUGGCACAUGACUCGAGGAUUGCGUGCUUCGCGCUGUCGCAGGAUGGGCGGUUGAUCGCCACUGCGAGCACCAAGGGCACGCUUAUCAGGAUUUUCAGCACCGUUGAUGGAACACUUCUCCAAGAAGUAAGAAGAGGUGCUGAUAGAGCAGAGAUUUACAGCCUGGCCUUCUCUGCUAAUAUGCAGUGGUUAGCAGUCUCCAGUGACAAAGGAACAGUUCAUGUGUUCAGCCUCAAGGUUAAUUUGGGAUUGACAGGAAAUGAUAGGCCCCGGCCUGCACCAGAGCCAAAUCCCCCAGCUAUCACUUCAUCCCUCUCUUUCAUUAAAGGUGUUCUGCCUAAGUAUUUCAACUCAGAAUGGUCUGUGGCCCAGUACCGCUUGCAUGAAGGUUUGCAACAUAAUGUUGCAUUUGGACACCAAAAGAACACUAUUGUGAUUCUUGGGAUGGACGGAAGUUUCUACCGAUGCCAAUUUGACCCAGUGAACGGUGGAGAGAUGACACAGCUGGAAUGUUACAAUUUCUUAAAACCAGAGGAAACCUUUUAGCGCAAGGAAAGUUUUAUAUGUCUGAUUGUACUGCUGUUCACUAUCAUUGGUAAAUAUUCUUGGGGGCAAUAAUCUGUACAUAUCUUAGUGUUAACAGCUUGCAAAUAUUUCCAUGUACUCAUAUCAAAGUGACUAUUUGUGUGAAUAUCACAUGAUAGAUCUAUGUGUGUCCUAUUUUCUGGGCACAUUAUAGUUUGCCAUGCUAUAUUUAUAAAUGUCUUUUUUUCUCCCUGAA